AUAAGUUACUGUGCAGAGUUGAGGAAAGAGGAGGAGGGGGAAGACGAGAGAAGUAAGAGGUGGAAGAAGACGAGAACGAGAACGAGGACGAGAACGAUGACUGGGAUCUACGCAGCCAACACAAGGCAACAAAUGAUACAGUGCAGCACAAUACGAGUGUUAAGAAAUAUUAUCAUUACCAACAGAGGUCCUUAGAAGUAGAUAUCAUAACUAACAGGAAUGAUUAUCACCAACAUGAAUUACCAUUACCAACACACGUUACGAAGUGGAAUAAUUAUAAACAGAAAUCAUAACCAUAAGGAAACAUUACAACCAUGAUCAUUGUUUACAGGAACCGUCAUUAUCAGUUAACAUCAAUACAUCACUAAUAUCAAGGCACUUAUCGCACCGCAAGUCAUUACCAACGCCAAUCGCUACAAACAAAAUCCUAUUGACGGGACCCACACCAAGAGAGGGAAGGUCUCCACAAACACAUUACCAAACGAAUUACUUACAAGGCACCUACUAAGUCAUCAAUGCAGUGAGGUACCUGAAGUGCUUUAAGAGGCCGGCACUGCCUUCACUCACGCCAUGACAGCAGCGCAAGCAAGACCUGUACUCAAGGUGGCCGUGGAGGAGUGGGUGCCGUGGACGAAGGUUGUGACGGAGACCAACGGGGCGCUGAGGAUCGAGGGCCCGAUGGCUAAUCUCCUCGACAUUCUCUCCAGCGUCCUUAACUUCGACUACGAGUUCAUGCGGCCUGUGGACAGAGUGUGGGGCGGCCCUGAUGCAAACGGAUCCUGGAAUGGCCUUCUGGGACUCCUGCAGCGAAGGGAGGUGGAGCUGGCGGUGGGGCCAUUUGGCGUGACAAACCAGAGAGAGACUGUGUGUGACUUUUCGGACGCUUUCUACAGCGAGAACAACGCUAUCCUGAUGGUGAGACCCACGCUGCAGAACGACAUGGCAGGCUUCGCCAAACCCUUCGCUAAUGAGGUGUGGCUACUGACGCUGGUGAGUCUGGUGACGAUGGUGGUGGUGAUGGCGCGGGUGGCGACGGCGGAGGCGAGUCUGUACAACACCAGGAACCGGAACAGCCUGGCCAAGGCAGCCAUCUGGGGCCUUAAGGCCUUCACUCAGGAAGGCUCCGAAUGGCUGCCGCCCCAUGACGCAGGACGCAUGCUGGUCACCACCUGGCUGCUGGCGUCCCUGGUGUUCAUGUCCUCCUACAGCGGCAUCCUCACCGCCAUGCUCACCGUGCCGCGGGUCACCAUCCCCAUUGACUCCCUCGCAGACCUGGUGGCGCAGAAGGAUCUACCCUGGAGGCUGGAGGCGGGCUCCAUGAUGUUCCAGUACUUUCAGGUGAAACAUCUAGUGAAGGUCGACAUCUCGCUCGCUUACAAGAUUGCCAUCGCCAGAAGGCAAUACAGUCACUUAUGUUUACUCCUGCAGGAAGCUGAAGACGGCGUACGCAGGAACGUGUUUACCGGCACGUCAGGAACUUUCCAGGACUGCUGGGCGGCGCGGCAGGACAUCGCUGAGGGGAGAUACGCGGCCAUCUGCGACAGAACCACUAUGAAGAAGGCCAUGUCGUGGGAUUUCAGCACCAGCGGGCGGUGUCACCUGUACAUCUCCCGCGAGAAUGUGUACAGCAACGUGCAGAUCGCCAUGGCCUUCCAGAUUAACUCCACCUACCGUGAGAGAUCGAACAGGAUCAUCCACGCUGUGAAGGAAUCCGGGAUCCUGAACCGCUGGAUCGGCGCCCAGAUCACCAACACCAGCCAAUGCCUUCGCCCGCCCACCGCAGAUCGCAGCGAGGCCAUCGCCGCCCUCAGCAUUCAGAGUAUGGGCGGCUCUUUCCUCGUGUUGGUGGGAGGUCUGGCAGCAGGCACGGCAGUCUUCUUCCUGGAGGCGGUGGUGCCGAGGAUGUGAGGCUCUAAGGCUUUGAGGGAGACAGGCCUCACUUCCCAGCCCUCCACGUCCCUGAUGACCUUCCAGUGGUUGCCCUCUCCGCUGCAAAGACUGGCACCCUGCUCUGCCGUGAUGACCUGUGACCUGACCACUUGUGACCACCUUUCCCAGCGGCAAUGUAACUUCAACAUAUUAAAUGUAUCUUAAAGACGA